AUGGGCUUCGGGCGACGACUGCUCGAUAAAACGAUAAAGGCAUACACAAACGCGCCAGAAGAUGUCUGGUUCUCUCGCGACAUCAACAAUCAACAACUCCAACACUGGAUGAUCAUCGUCAAGUAUCAUAAGCUUGAGCUCGUGCGCGAGGCAGAAAACAGCUUCCGCCUCCGACACGAGUACGAGCGUGGAUGGACUCCUCAAAUCGAAAAGGACAAGCCGAUCACGAAAACUCGAGGCCAUCGAGGGAAUGGCCUGGACUGCUGGGUGUUGUGUGGAAUAGGCUGGUGUCACUCUACUGACCUGGUCGUCGACAAAUACAUUUCUGCGAAAUGCGCCGAGCACCCACCAACGAAACGAUUUACCUGGACAGAAUGUCAACAAUUCUUGCGCGAGAUCGAGGAUAUGGUUAUCCACAAACGCGAUGAUCAAAAUUGGAACUUCUUCUGGAACAACACAGAUGUGAGAAGGCAGACUGUUGACCAGCUUCCUGCGCCCGAUGUCUUUCGCCAGCCGCAGACAAUGGCUCAGGCAUCGGGUAAUUCUGGACCAGAUAUCAACAUGUUCAAUAAGUAUCAGAGCAGUUACUUUGCAGCACAACAGCAGAAUAUGGCCAUGAACGACCAGCUCAUGCAGAACCAGCAGGGACCUGGUUAUUAA